AACUGUUAAAAUCUUUUCCAGGUUACAAUGCGCGUUUUUCUUGUUUUUUAUAUGUUGCUCCAUAGAACUUCUACGUACAAUUUUUUGAACAACUAAAAUGAUUCGUAGAAUCAGCUCAGCCAAUAGCGUGCCGGAUCCUUUUGGAGCUACUUCUGGUCAUCAUACAGUCGCAUCUUUAUCGGAUCAUCCUCUGGGGACCGAAACAGCACCUGAAAGCUCUAAAAAUUGGAAACGAAAAUCCCUUAUUUCGGCACAUUCACGAAACGCCAGUUUGACAACUCACGGACAGUCAACCUCUUCUGGUUUAAACGUACACUUGGAGUCUGCUAUGUCAAACAGUUGCGCAGAUUUGGAAAUAGGAGAUGUUAUUAAUUCAAGCCCAUCAAACGUUUCUGUGCCAAGCUACAUGUCCUCGAGUCCCACUCCGAAUGCAAUCAAUGACCUUCCCUGUGUCUUUCCUAAUCCGCCUAGCGAACAACUUAUCUGCCCUUUGUGUUCAAAAGUAUUUUUCGAUCCUGUUAUUUCUCAGUGUGGACACACUUUUUGUAGACGUUGCAUCGAUGACGGCGGCGAUAAAUGUUGUCCGAUAGACGGAACUGGUCUUGUGAUUGUGACGAGCAAUUUGGCGGUCAGUGAACAAGUUUCACAACUUGAAAUUCUUUGUCGCUAUGGGCUCACCGAAGCUGAAGUUUCUGAUCCAAAUGGGUGUCCGCAGAUAAUUAAACUAAGGAACCGAUUAUCGCAUGAAAAGAGCUGUGGCUACGAGUUGGUCCCCUGCUCUAACAACCCGAAUUGCCCGCACAUGCGCAAAAUGCACCUAGAAGAGCAUCUUACCCAUUGCUUACACAGACAAUGUCCCAAUUCUAUUUACUCAUGCUCCUUCGUUGGUACAAUGGAUACUAUUCAGGAUCAUCUGGCAGAAGAAUGCAAGUUUGAACCCAUCAAAGGCUACUUGUCUCAGAGCACGAAAGAGUCUGAGAAGAUAAGAGACAUUCUUCAAGAGAAAGAGGGCGAAAUAUCGGCAUUAAAAAGCGACAUUGUGAAACUGAACGAUGCAAUACGCAAAAUGGAGACGCGCUGCAAUAGCAAAGUAAAGACGCUUGAGGACAAUCAUAUGGGUUCAAUUCAGCAGAUAAACGAACUGCGUCGAAACAUGAAGUUUCUAAAUGACGAAGUGACCUUGAUAAAUGCGAAACUAACUACAGGCGUCUUGGGUCCAUAUGAUCCCCAUCAUCAGUAUAAAUGCAGAGGUACUUUUGUGGGUCACCAGUCGGAGAUCUGGUGUCUGAUCACGUGUGGAGAUAUUUUGAUCACGGGGUCGUCUGACAAAACUAUCAAGGUGUGGGACAAGUCGUCAUCGUUCAAGUGUCUGCAAAGUCUGGAGGGUCAUACAAGUCAGGUGUUCUCUCUACACACAUGUGGACAUUAUCUCUACAGUGGAUCUGCAGAUGGACUCAUCAUCAUCUGGGACUUGGACUCGUUCGAACAACUCAAGGUGCUCUAUGCGUCCGAGUACGGCAUUGGCGCGAUCGCCACUGGCAAUGGGAUGCUGUUUGUAGGAAGUCAGAACUUCAUAGGGGUCUACAACUUCAGUGACCCGUGGGAUCUGAGAAAGAGGAUCAAAAUGCCCCCCAUGACUGCCCAGUGGGUGAAAGCCCUGAAGACAAACGAGAAACACCUGUUCUGUGGAACCAGCGGUCAGAUCAAAGUGUACGAUAUAACUAAAGAUGAGGUGCCGUGUGUGCGUAGUCUCGGUACACAGUUCGGCUACAUCUACAGUCUGGAUCUGAGCUCGGAGUUGCUGGUGGCCGGCUGCCAGAACGGCAAAGUCCUCAUCUAUGACCCCUCUACGUUCGAGUCCAAGGCAACUCUCGAAGGUCAUGUGUCUACUGUGCACUCUGUCGGAAUUCUACAGGUGCCUGGAAAUACUCGAGUGUUCAGUGCCUCCCAAGACAGAAGUAUCCGGGUGUGGUCUCUGGAAAGAGCCAUCUGCAUCCAGAACCUCAUAAGACACGUGGGUGCUGUCACCUGCAUCACAGUAUCCAGGGGCCUCAUUUUCUCAGGCAGCUGCGAUGCCUCAGUCAAGGUGUGGCAGUAAACCAUCAGCUGCAUCACCGAAAACAUCUUCAAACUAGACAUCCCACAAACAAAUACCAUCAGCCUCAUUGAGUUUCUGUGGGGCUUUGGAGUUUUCCACCUCCCCCGUGGCACAUUUGAUGGUUUACGACAAAUACAAAUGCAGACUCUUCAUAAUCGUUGUGCUGUUGUUAGUAGCUGUUUAUGAAUACUGAAGCCGAUUACCAGCUGCUGUUUUGUGACCCUCGUUUCAAGAUUUGAAAUCAGACAAAGACAUUCCUGUUUUUCGUAACUUUUCUAACUAUAUUUUCAAAUUUUGCUCAACUAUGAUACAUUUCUACGAUCAUUGCUACGCGCGCAUGAAUGCUUCCGAGGCAAACAUGAAGUGUGAAACUGAAAAGUUUCUCAGUUUAGUAAAAAUAAUCAGUGAAGUUAUCAUGUUUACCUAAGUAUGGUCGGUCAACUUGUUGUUCAAGUUGUUCGUUAAGCGCAUUCAUAUUAGCAGCUAACAUUUUCAAGGCUAAUCAAAACUUACACUGAAUGUUUUCAUCAAAAAAUAGAAGCUUGUAAAAAUAGAGGUCAAGUUUUGAGCCAGUGAAUUUUUAGCGAUUACAGUUUUAGCGAUUACAAAUUUUAAUUGCUUCUUUUGCCCAAUGAUUUUGCCCGAAUUUUUAAAAUUAUAUUUGCUGUAUAUUUUCUUAAUAUUGUGGCCAUAUUUUC